CCCGGGGCUGCCAGGACCCUGACCCCAAGAUGGCGGCGCCCGGCGAAGUGGCUGCGGCAGCGUCCGCAGAAGGCGAUGGUGGGGGUUGCGCCUUCGGGAUUUGGCUGGACGGACGGUUGGAGGCGCUGGGAGUAGACCGAGUUGUGUACAGCGCCUACAUCCUGGGUGUCCUGCAGGAGGAAGAGGAAGAAGAGAAGCUGGAUGCCCUGCAGGGAAUCCUCUCUGCUUUCCUGGAAGAAGACUCCCUACUUAACAUAUGCCGGGAGAUUGUGGAACGAUGGUCGGAAACUCAGAACGUUGUCACCAAGGUGAAAAAAGAAGAUGAAGUACAGGCCAUUGCCACCCUAAUUGAGAAGCAGGCACAGAUCGUGGUGAAGCCCAGGAUGGUGUCAGAAGAGGAGAAGCAGAGAAAAGCUGCCCUCCUGGCCCAGUAUGCUGAUGUCACAGAUGAAGAGGAGGAAGCAGAUGAGAAGGAUGAUUCAGGUGCCACCACAAUGAACAUUGGUUCUGACAAAUCUCUGUUCCGAAACACCAAUGUGGAAGAUGUCCUCAAUGCCCGAAAACUGGAGCGAGACUCGCUUCGGGAUGAGUCCCAAAGGAAGAAGGAACAAGACAGGUUGCAGAGGGAGAGGGACAAACUAGCCAAGCAGGAGCGCAAGGAAAAGGAAAAGAAAAGGACACAGAAAGGGGAGCGAAAGCGAUAACCUUGGCCUACUCUUCUCCUUUCUCCCGUGAACUUGAUCAAAGGGAGAACUGAUUGUACACAUGUGUAUUUAAGAGAAAUGAGAGAACACUGCAAAGUGGUUUCCCAAGGCAUUUCCUCUUUUGUUUACAUGGCCAAAUGGAAAAUCACAAACACUUCUAAUUACAAAAUGUGCCAUGUCUCUGUGGUAUGAGUAAUCAGAUUAUUGUAGUUGAUGUCUUUACCAAAGAUAUGGACUGGGAGCAAGGUCUGUCUUUUAAUACUGAAAUCCUGUGCUCCUUUUGGUCACUUUAGUCUUCCCUUACCGUAGAUAAACAGCAGGAUUCAGAAAGCUAACACUUUUAGUUUUCAGCCUGAAGGAGUAGAAACAUCACCAUUCCUUCCCCAAGGUGAAAUGUAAGAGUGCAAAUUGUUUCUAAUGUAUUUAUUCCAUAAAUAUGUUGUUUCAUGGUUGAAAUAGAAAGCUAAUGAGGAGCUCUACCUGGAUCCAGAUUUUGUUACAUGGCAGCAAACUAGGAAAAUGGGAGAAGUUAUUUGGGGGGUGUUCUAGAUUCGAAGUUUUUUUUUAAAGUUACAGCCUAUGGGUAGAAAAGAAGUAUCUUUUUAGUAGAGAUAGGUAUUUUUCCUCAUCUAGGCUGUGACUUUAAGAAGGACAUGUCCUUAUCGGUACAAGAAUAUCAUCGUUAGCUAGAUUUCCUAAAUCAUGAAUCCUCUUGAAUGCUGAUAGAGAUCUGAAUCUAAUUUGCCCCAAAAGGUAUAAAGACUGAUAAUUCCUUGUUUAGAGAAACUGGAGAAAUCGCCCUUUUAAGGAAGAAACACUGGAAAUCUCUGCUAACACAGAUACUUAAUAGUGUACAUAGUAGGUGCUCAACAGAUUUAUCUAAUGAAUGAAUGGAAAAUUGCUUGGGAGAGUAAAAAGUGAGCCGGAGCUCUCCAUUUCUACUUUUGUCAUAAGCCACAUUCAGUUGUAAAUAAGGCUUUCUCUGACUUCCAGGCAGCAGACUGUCAAGAAGCUUGAAUUGUGGAGACAGACAGUAGAUAUUUUAUACCAGGGGUUGGCAAAUUAUUGCCUGCAGAUCAAAUUUGGCCUGGCCUGUUUUUGUAUGGUGCAAGCAAAUGAUGUAUGUUUUUAAAGAGUUGUUAAAAAAGAGUAUGUGACAGAAACCAUAUGUGGCCCACAAAGCCUCACAUAUUUACUAUCUGGCUCUUACAGAAAAAGUUUGCCAAGUUCUGUUUUGUACCAUUGACUAUGAGGUUAACAAAAAACUUUACCAUUGUGCAGAAGGUAAAAAGAUGCAUGGUUAAGGAAAGGAGAUGUCUUAUCUCUUCAUACACUCCUAUAGCUGUGACAUUGCAAAAAUAAAAAAAAUUUUAAAAACCCAUCUUUUUUAAAAAAAUAAACUUUAUUAAAUCACUAUCUACUGAUUUAUAUGAUUCCUUCUAGCUACCCAUGGAAAUGAACUCUGUGUGGAUAUUCAUUUAGGAAUGUGUUGAGUUAUUAUUCAAACUAGUGUUGACUUAAAAAAAAAAAAAAAGGAUCAGUUCACUAGGUUUUGAGGAAGGAUAUCCACUUAACUAAGGAUAUCCUUCUAAAAUGUUCAGUAUUGCAAAGGGCAAAUUUUAAACAACUUUACAUUUUAUGGAAGGAGCCCUGGUGGCACAGUGGUUAAGUGCUCAGCUGCUAACUAAAAGUUUGGCAGUUUGAACCUACCAGCUACUCCCCAGGAAAAAGAUGUGGCAGUCUGCUUCCGUAAAGAUUAGAGACUUGGAAACCCUAUGAGCAGUUCUACUCUGUCCUAUAGUGUCACUGUGAGUGACAGUCGACUUGAUGGCAAUGGGUUUGGUUUUAUUUUCUGUGGUAAAGUAGACAUUUUAGACCAAAUUUGGGAUUUCAGUUGUAACAUUAAUUCUCAACCCUCUAAAACUUUAUAGUAGCAUGCUAUUCAAGUGGGAGGAACAGUGAUACAAUAAGUCAAGGUAAUUUUCAAUGUCCUUUAUAUAAAUUGCUUUUUCCAUGUUCUUAAAAAAAUAAGUAUGCCAAAUUCUUUUGGAUUAGAAAUGGUGGGAGCAUCAGUUUUAUCAGCUUCAUCAUAAAUCAUGUGUGAUAGAUUAGAAGGUAUGUCAAAAAUAAGGAGAACCAACUAAUUUAAGAAUUAUCUACUAGGUAAUAUGUUAUUUAGAUUUAUAACAUUUUAAAGAAUUUUUUGUAAGUGUGUGGUUUUUGUUAAUGGACUGGUGUUUCAUUUCUGACCAUUAUCAUGUAAAGACUUCCUCAGAAUUUUUAUUUUGGUAUCCCUGGAUAAAAACAGAACAAAAAUUUCAUCUUUGAAGGAGGUCAGUUUAGAUCCAAGGAUACCUGAAUUGCAUUGGUUUCAGUCUACAAAUAUUACUUAGGUGCUAAUAAUGAAAUUUAAAACUUAGCAUCAGUUCUUAACAAUUAAGUGAAAUUUGAUUUGUUUUCUCAUGAGUUACUCUUAAGGUUAGGAACUAAUACAAACGUAAAAAAUGAUACUAAGUAUUUUCAACAAAGUAAUUUAUUUUUUCACCUGACAGAGUAAAUUCAGUACAAUAUUUGUUUUUAUAACAUCUAACAUGUCUUAUCUCAAACUUAACCACUUUCUGUGCAGUGACUGGUGGGGCGAUCUGUUUUAUUUGACUACCCUCAAUGUAAUUCAUUUGGGUAGUUCUAAGGCAUAUCAGUGAUCAAAAUGUUUUUCCCUACAGUUACUCCUGCAUUCUCAAUCAGUUUCUUCCGCACAUCAUCUAAAGAAAAUUUAUGUGGUGUGAUUACACUCUUUUUUUUUUUUUUUUUUAAUACCAGGAUUUCUAAAACUAGGAAAUACACCAACAUUUAAAACAUCAGUGUUUCUAGUCAAGGAUAGUUCAAUUUCAUCAGUACAUUAUAUUAUAGUUCAACUCAUGCUAGAAAUGUUAAAACCCAAGAUCUUCUGAGUCACAUAAUACCAACAUUUCAUGUUAAUGAAUAAAUUAUUCAGGUUCCAUACAAAGAUAUGAAGUGAUGAGAAACAGAAAAUGCCAAGCUUUCAAGAGCUCUUAAAAAAAAUACAGAAGCAAACUAAUGAACACAACUACACAAAAUAUACACUAACGAAUUGCAAACUUAAACAAGUUAAAGAUUAACCUUAAAAAAUACAUUUUAGAACUUCCUGAUACCCUCAUAAAAGGCUGCAAACUAAGGGUAUUAAAACAAUAGUCAUUAUUUUAAAUACUGUGCGUCGAGCCUAAAAGAUCCAGAUAAAGGAAAUGUUUUGAUUCAAUUUAAAUAUUUUAAAACUGGAAAUAUUUAAUAAUUGAUAGUAUAAUUUUAAGGAAUACACACAAAUGAUUUGAACAGGUUUUAUAUUCAGUAACUUGCAUGGUUUUUAUACUGGCACUUUUAUCACUAAUUUCGGAGAAUCCGAUGCAUUUUCCUCCAUAUGUUUAGGCACUAAGAUUUCAAAUUUAUAAAUACGGUAGUAUUUUAAAUAUUAAAUUUUUACAUGAAUAUUGGGCUUAUCCUUGUCUUCCUUUGUUUCCUAGGUAUUAUCCAGUUUCAUGAGGAAAACACUUUUAUAUCACAAUCAAAACUUGUCUUGGUUACUAGACUGUAGCCAUAAUUGGGUUACAGUCACUUAGAUUCAUUAUUUGGAAUUAUACUUACUAAGGCAGACCUAAAUGAAACUUCUCUCCCAGAAGAAUUUCACAUAUGCAUUUACCUACACUGCAGAAUGGGUUUAAGCAAUAUAUUAGCUGUUAGGAAAUAUUUAAUUUACUUAAACUUGUUAUCUUUGACUACUCAGAACUUGUAGUCAGUUUUACCUUUGAGUUCACUUUAAACUAUAUCUGAUUCAUUCCAAAUAGAAGAUUUUUAAAUAGAAGUCAGACUUCAUUAAGGUAUUAACUUUAAAUCUGAAAGAAAAUUAAUAUACUGAAAUUUUCAAGUUUGACAAGUUCAUUAAAAUUAGCAUGUCUUGAUACAUUUACUUAUCAGCUUUUAUUCUUCUUUCUGCUGACAUUUCCUUAAUGUUUGUUUGCUUCACCUCUCUGGUUCAUUGGGUUGCUAUUAUUUAUGCUUUCAUGGAUUUUAUCUUCACAACUUACUAUAUCUUGUAAAGCCUUUUCCACAUCUGCUUGGCCAGCUGUACUGGCUGUUUUUGGCAAGGUCAUCUGCAGUGCACACCAUAAGGUAGUGCGUGCUUUCCGAGUAGCCACACACAUCUCUUUAAUUGCUGAAGCAAGAGCAAAAACAUCUGUAAAAGAAAUGUUCAAGGUCAGUUCAUAUUAGAUACCAUUUAAAAAUCUCUUAACUUUAAAAAAUUUAAAAAAUAUUUUUAAUUUUAUUGUGGUACAAUAUAUAUAACAAAGCAUUUGCCAUUUUAAUCUUUUUAAGUUUACAAUUCAGUGACGUUAAUUGCAUUCACCAUGUUGUGCAACCAUCACCAGUAUCCACUCCCAGAUAUUUUUCAUCACCCUCAACAGAAGGUGAAUACAGCCCCUGGGAAACACUAAUAAACUUUUGUCUGUAUGCAUUUGCCUGUUCUAGACAUUUCAUAUAAAUGAGAUCAUACAAUAUUUGUCCUUUUGUGUCUGACUUAUUUCAAUCAGAAUAAUGUCUUCAGGAAUCCCUUUAAUUCUUACAAAGCCCUGUGCUGUUGCUACUAAAGGAUCAAACAUUAUUUCUGUAAAAGAUGGCUAUUGAUUAAGCUAGUCAAUAUACUUAAAAGUUUGGUACUUUAUCUCUUACUUGUAUGACAAUGACUUUGCUUUGAAUAGAAACAAACUUUGUCUUCAGUUAAGUAGAUAAAAUUAGGUAAGUGUAAAUUUUAGAAAUCUUUUAACUUUGGUUAGAAUCUGAUUUUACUAACACUGAAAUUAUUUCACUGCCUUAGCAAAAAAGAAUGUGCGUUAAUAUAUGUACCUCUGUCAUCUUGGCAUCUAGGAACUCCUUGCCUUUGCCGAUUUGAAGCAUUUACAAUUUCAUCCUUUCUACGUGACUGUACAAUGUGAAUGGACUCCAAGUGUCUAUCAAGAGCAGUAGAGAUAUUGGCAUGAAGGGGAGAGCUUCGAAGACGUUCCAUUUUGCCUAGUAAAGUCACAACCUGAGGGAAAUAUUUUAAAUUAUGGUAAGGCAUGUAAGGACACUGCCAUGCCAUUAACAUAGGUAACAACAAAUCUUCAAUGAAGCAGAAUAGAGAUAAGAACAAUAAUACUCAUUUAAUAACUAUUUGAAUGCUCACUGUGUCUUGGACACUAUGCAGGGGGAAACACAGAUGGAAAGUCAGUCUUUUAUAUAUGUAUAGAUUAAUUCUAGAAGCUUUCAGGUUGUUGAUCAUUGAGAAUAAGCACCAGUGAAAAAGUAAAACAUUCAAACACUUCUCUGUCUUUAACAGAAAGUGCAAAUGUAAUAUCCAGUAUUACUUUUGGCAAAUAAGAGAACAGCCUGCAAAUAGAACAUUAUUAGGAGGUAUUGUAAUCUAAAGGAAAAAAAUUGAGCUUAAAGGGACAAGCCCUAGAUUAAGUAAUCCUGACCUCAGCCAGUCCUUAAUCUUUCUGGGUCUCCAGUGUUCACCUUUUGGAAAUCAGAAAUAUUCAGAUAAUAAUACUGACUAAUGGAGGAUUUAAGGAAUCUGUAAUCCAGAAAAUAUUGAUAUAUAUUUACAUUGGAAUCAUACAAAAUAAACCCCAUAGUUGUUAAAAUUGCUAAGGAAAAUUAGGAAGUCUCUCAGCCCUCUGGGGUUAAGCUUAAAAAAAAAAAAAAAAGACACUGGAUAUAUUUGAUCAGGAAUCAGGAGGUGGAUUAUGUUUCAUAGUUGAAUAAGUUUGACUUGUUUCAAAUUCCCAACUUGGAAGGUGUAUAAAAAGAACUUUUCAAAUAAUUAAGAUGUUUAACAUGAAAUAUAUACAAUAAUUGCUUUUAGAAGGUAAAUGAUUUAACGGUUCACAUUAGAAUCCGGUGUUCAGUGACUGGAGAGAGCAGUAAAAUACUCAAUUAAGAAGCUAAAGGCACCUGAAUGAAUGUCUCUCUAACCUUACACUCAAAUCACGUUUCUUUGGAAUAAGUCUAUACCAGUUCGGCCUAUGGAGAAAACAAAAGUAUACAGGUAUUAUUUUCUUCCCCACUGUAUACCAAAUCCUUGAGGGAAACAAAACAACAAAAGAAGAAUGCUACACGCAGAAAACUACAGUGAACUACUAAUUAGUAUAUAUUUUUAAAAUAAGACAGAAUCACUUUGCAUAAAUGAUAAGUAUAAAGGAAUUUGCACAAGUGGUUUUAAUAAACUUUUAAAAGAUUUUUUUGCAGAAUUCUACAAAACUAAGCAAACUAGAAAAUAGUACACCCAAAAAUAUUUUUACCCUUUGUGUGUUUCUAAAAUAACGUCAUUAAGUAUAAAUGAAAACGCGGGUGGUGUAGUGGUUAAGAGCUACUGCUGUUAACCAAAAGGCUGGCAGUUCAAAUCCACCGUGUGCUCCUUCGAAACCCUAUGAGGCAGUUCUAUUCUGUCCUAUAGGGUCGCUGUGAGUCGGAAUCGACUUGGUGGCAGUGGGUUUUUUAAGUAUAAAUAAAAUUAUAACAGCUAUAAAUAACUAUAACCUAAAUUAAUGCAAAGGAUAAGUGUAGCUGAAAAAAGUAUAUUAAUAUCUACAGUUUUUGAACCUUUUAUUUAUUGCUAGAAAUGUAUUAUUACUGAGAUAAAGGAAUUUUAACUUGAAACAAUUUUAAGAAAAAUGAAAAAGAUGUUUAUUAACAUAACAUCUGGCUGUAACCUAUGUCAGUAUUUGAAUGUAAGAUACCCAUUGCUGUCGAGUCAGUUCUGACUCACAGCGACCCUACAGGACAGAGUAGAACUACCCCAUAAGGUUUCCAAGGCUGUAAUCGCAGACUGCCACAUUUUUCUGCUGUGGAGGGGCUGGUGGGUUUGAACCUCUCACAUUUAGGUUAGCAGCCAAGCACUUAAGCAUUGCACCACCAGGGCUCCUUGUAUUUGAAUAUAUCAUAGAUAAAUUCCAUUUAUAGAUUUACAGAAUUGAUGGAAUUACAAUUGAAAAGAUGAAAGCUAGGUAAAAUUGAUCUUUUUCCAUUGAAGUAGUACAUAUCUAUAUUUUAAAGAUAGCAUGGUACAAGUAAGAAACUGAUGUUCAGUAGAAUAAACUAUAUUAUUUUGAUUUUUCUUAUGCCUAAAAUGGCUUUUAUUCAAUCUUAGAAAUAACCUGUUUGGGUGCAUGCUUUUCUCCAGGUAUCUUUACCAAAUUUUAUUCGGAAAAAAGUGUAAAAGUUUAAAAAAAAAAAAAAGUAUACCC